ACUCUCCAUAACUUUAACUUCACUUGCAGUUGAGAACGAAACAAUAGACGGAAAUUGAAGAUGGCGUCGAUGCAGAUGUGUGGAGCAACCGUUACCAAGAGAACAGCAAACAUCAUUACUGCUGUUGGAUCGCUGGGAGCUUUAGUUGGUACCUCACUAAUAGUUACUGCUAGUUUUGUAGGCUGCCAAUACCAUAUAUACAGCGACGGCUACUUCAACUACUACGACACUGACUGCACUAUUAUUGGGAUUUUAAUGAUCACAGGAUUCGUUCUUCUGUGCGCUGCAGUGCCUGUUGCGGUGACUGGAUGUGUGAUGCUUUGCAGCAUGCGUAAAGCCAGAUCACCGGCGCCAGUGCCCGUGACGCUGCAUGCACCCGUGUAUAAUGUCCAGCUCCACCCACAACAGGGAGUAGGUCAGCUUCACCCACAACAUGGAACAGGUCAACCUUACCAGCAGCAGGGAAUAGCCCCACCAUACCCACAACGGGCAGCAACUCCAUCAUACCCACAGCAAGAAACAGUUCCAUCAUACCCACGGCAAGAAGCAGUUCCAUCAUACCCCUAGCAGCUAAGAGGACUCCCACACGAACAAGGCCUAGAACAGCCCUACAAUAAAAGGAGAACCUUUUACGAUUCCUCGCGACGGGGUAACAGCUGGGAUAUUUAUAACUGAAGCUGGCAACGGUGACAAGGAAUGCAUGCAGUGGUUGCAGAAAUGAAACUCUGCAACUACUGCUUGAUUCACCGACAAACCAAAAUUGAUUUUCUUUCUGGUGUUUUUUACGUUUGGUAGUUGAUUGUGAUUUUGAGUUACAUUUUACGUUUGAAAUUAUAGUAUUCAAACCUGUAGCGCCUGUAGCUGGUAAAGCAAGAUAUUUAUAAACGGAAUAAUAAUGUAGUAAUACAAAUGACAUUGAGAUGUUUCAUUAAGCACUAGUUAAUUUUUCAUAGUAUGAUGUACUUUGUUUUGCUAACUAGUGGUAUGUUUAUAACUACAUGGAGCAGCUGUUAUCUUGAUAGACAACAAACUAAAUUGAAAUCUUUGUUAUUGAUUUAAUAUCAUUGGAAGCAUGAAACAGAAGAAAUUGAUCAAAAUAUAGCACAAUACAUGGUGAUUUGUUAUUGUAUGAAUAAAGUUCCUUGACCUAC